GAACUCUCAGCACGGCUGCAUUGUUUUCCUGAGCUACAUCCUAUCUCGAUCGCUGAAGCUGCGUCUGCCAUAGCCAUAAUACAUGAUCAUUUCCGUCAUCUUCCUGACCCUGAAGCUGAGUGUGACAUCUCCAUCGCCGUUGCUCAGAUCAUGCCCAUGAGGCUCCUGGAUCGCCAUCGCCAUCGCCACCGCCAUCUUCUCUCCAUCUCCAUCUUUGUCGCCGUCGCCGUCUGUCGAUUGGUGCGCAUUCUGGUGGUCUCUCUGUUGUUUUUCUCUUGCGCACGACGCGGGCAAACGGACGCACCAAAUUCUGUGUUAUUUGCCCCGCAGGGCCUUGCAGAUCAGCGCAUGAGGGAUGAAUAAGUUUUGGGCCAAGCUUUUCCGCAGACGGAAGCAGGACAAGUCUGCGUUGUCGGCUAACACUGCUUCUCGUGAGAAGCUGACGGAGACACUCGCUUUGCUGGAGAAAAAGGACGCAGUGAUUCAGGGGAAGAUUAGGAAUGAGUUGGAGAAAGCGCGCGUGUUUAUGCAGCAGAACAGAAGGCCGGCAGCCUUGCAGUGUCUGAAGAAGAAGAAGAUGUGGGAAGCCCAGGCUGAAAACAUUGCUAACUACCAGCUGAGACUCCAUGACCAACUUAUUAUGUUAGAGAAUGCGACUGCGACGACAGAUGUUAUUGAUGUGUUGCGGGAGGGAGCCCAAGUCAUGAAGCAGAUCCAAAGACAGAAUAAUAUUGACGAUGUGGAGGGUACAAUGGACAGGAUCAGGGAACAGUCGGAAACCAUGCACCAGAUUCAAGAGUCGUUGGGAGCCCCAGUACUAACUGCAGAUUUAGAUGAGGAUGACCUGGAGCGAGAACUGCAAGAACUGGAAGAGAUGUCAGAAUUCGACGUGGAAGAUUCAAAUAUGACAGCGGAGCCUCACAUGAUCCGGCAUCCCCCAGCAGUGUCAACAGCGUCAUUAGCCAGAGUGUCCCCUCAGUCGGAUCCACCUUCAGGCAUGAGGACGUCCUCUCACGGUGCAAUCUUCUCGGCAACCCCUGGUCCACCAGCAUACAUGCCUGUCAAAGCACCGACUACAGAGGAGGAGCACAUGUAUGAAGUGAUUUCCGACAUGGCACCUACACAACCAACGCAAAAGGAGGAUGAAGUGAUUUCUGACUUGGCAUCGACACCGCCAAUGCGACAGGCUUUGCAGGGCACGACAUGACAUCUCAUGACACGUCAUGGCCAGAGUGUCCCCUUACUCGGAUUCACCUUCAGGCAUGAGGACGUCCUCUCAUACUGCAAUCUCCUCAGCAUACCCUGGUCCACCACUAUACGUGCCUGUCAAAGCACCCACUAUGGAGGAAGAGCACGUGGAUGAAGUGAUUGCUGACAUGGCACCCACAUCACCAACACGAAAGGCCUUGCAGGGUACGGAAUGACACAUCAUAUUAUGACAUCUCAUGACAUGUCAUGGCAUGAAAUCUUUUCAAAGUGCUGAUGACGCCGGAGCUAGGCGAACCCUGAACCCAACACUCUAAACCCUGAACCCUUGUUUGUCUGCUUGUGUCUGCUGGAGUCGGUUAGACAACAGCUCAUAGAACAGGCAUGUAUUUCUAAGGGGAGGGUGCUUUUUUGGAGGGUGCUUUUUUAGUGGUACAGCUUCCGACAUUGCUCCUCUUUUUUUUUUGUGGCACACAACAGUUCUUACUUGGAGCCUGGGAGUGAGGAGGGACUGUUGGAAUUUAAGAGGACUUCUUUUGCAUGUGCGAUGUACGGCGGUCGUUUUUGAGAGAGAAAGUCGUCGGAGCGAUCACCCACGUAGGAAGGAGACCAAGUGUGUCCUGACAAAGAAGAGUAAUACAGGAUUGAUGCAUUGCUGAUGAUGGAGGGUAGCACUGCUAUGCAUUUGUGUAUGUCAUUUAGUCGCCCGACUGUAUGAGGGUCCAUCGCUGGAGGAAGGACUUAUGUUGCGUUGUGUACCACCGAUCGGGAGGAUGGAUGGGUGAAACCUCAACAGUCUGAGAGGGAUGCUGUGCUGACGAGUCACCUUGGAGGCUAUCUUUGGAAGAACACUGUGUUGGACUGUCUCGUCUCUGUGCUUCACGAUGGAACAGGGAUCAAGCGGGAUCGAGCUACUGAGGUGAGAUUCCAGCAUUGAUAAAGCCUGAACUGCGGUAUGUCGCGUUUGACUGACGAUCUUCUGCGAACUGUAUGUGGCGGGCGAGGUAUUUUGAACUAUUUUCACUAUCUCUCAUUAUCAAUUGUGUUUAGUUGGUGGAGUUAGGGGGAACAGGAUAUAAUAAUCAGUAUAGAUAUCGCUGAGGACCUGGACAUGGCAUGCCCCUUGUGCAGCAUGGAUUCAACUUCAACUUCUACUUUGCGGAAGUUUAUGCCAUGAUAAUCUCUGCUGAUUACUGAUCUGGAAACUUAGCAUGUUCAGGGACGGCCUAUACAGCAAUCUGGUCACACGGUGGUGUAUGUAACCGCAUAUAUUGAAGGAACCGGGUAUGGCGACAGACGUCGUCGCUGGGGCCUGGUCUGUGCUGGCUUGCAAAGGGUCAUAAGUCAUAAUCAACGCAAGGUGUAGUC